AUGCGGUGCAGGUGGAAUUGCGCCUCCACGUGCGCAAAGCAAACCUGUUUCAAAGAUAAACCCAUGAUAUUCCCUGCUGAAAUGGUGGCAGGGAAGCCUGUGAACGUGACCUGCACCUUCAACACCUCGUGUGAUGGAACAACACCCACCUUAUCCUGGGACACCCCUGAUGAUGAACCGCCAUCAGUCUCACACAGCGUAACUAAGCGGGGUCAUACUCUGACAUAUACUUCUGUUCUGUCCCUGACCCCAGCGUUCAAACAUCACGGGCAAAAACUCACCUGCAGAGUUAGAUACCCAACUGUCUCAUCAGAUCAGACCAUCACAAUGACUGUGCAAUAUGCGCCAUGGAACCUCUCUAUCACUUCCCCCGACAACGUCAACAAUUCCGUAGUCAAUGUAAAGGAAGGAAACUCCGCAAUGUUCCUCUGCUCAGUCCAGAGUUUCCCAGCAUCUAAACUGACCUGGAGACAUCUCGGUAUCACGUUGAACACAACACAUUCCUGCAACGAGCUGUGGUUUAAGAUCCUUCUGGUGACGCCGCAGGUUGCUGGGGACUAUCAGUGUGUGGCAGAGAAUGAACACGGGGCGAGGGAGGGGACAGUGGCCCUCAUCGUAGAAUUAUGUGGCUGGGACAGGACUGGGAAAUAUGUCGUGGCCAUCGUCCUUGGUAUCGUUAUUGUCGCAGUCAUCACCGCCGCAAUCUUCUGGGCAGCGUGUUGUUGCAGCAAACGAGGUGCGAGAGGAUCUGGAAACUGUCUGAAUGCCUUCGAGAGAGAGAGAGAGAGAGAGAGAGAGAGAGAGAGAGAGAGAGAGAGAGAGAGAGAGAGAGAGAGAGAGAGAGAGAGAGAGAGAGAGAGAGAAAGAGAAAGAGAAAGAGAAAGAGAAAGAGAGAGAUGUUCCGUGGUGCAGCCAAAGGAGCAGAAAGCUGAAGAUGAACCGCUGGAGUCCCCCUAUCAGGUUGGUACUGUCAGUGUCGGGCACCAACCACCUCCCCCACUCCUGUCCACCAAACCCAUGUCUCCCAAAUCACCGUCCCCACCCCCUGUCACCGUCUCUGCCCCAGGAUACUGA